AUGGGGGCGGCUGCCUCGUACGAUGUGCCGCUGGAUGCGACCAGCCCACGGAGGUUGCUGGUGCAGCGGAAGGUCUCGAAGCUCCUGUCAGACCCGGCGGCCCUGGAGGCGCUCUGCGGCUCCCUCUUCGAGCGCUGCGGGGGAGGCGUGUCGCGGGAGCAGCUCAGGCAGCUAACGCGGGAGGUGGUGAGCAGUGCUGCCAUGGAGGAUGAGAAGGCCCUCAGCGAGCUGCUGGAGAUGCUGGAGCCUGCCCCCAACAACUUCCAGGAUGGCCAAGCGCUAAGUUGGGACGCCUUCCUUUGCUACGCGCGCUGCGUGUUGCGGCUGCUACACGCAGCACUGCAGGCCAUGGCGAUCGACCUGAUGAGCACCACCUUCAUGAUGGUGUGCAUGGCCUUGGUCCAGCUGAUGACGCCGGGCCUCGCCUUCUUCUAUGCGGGACUGGUCAAGGACACCAGCGUGCUUUCCAUGAUGAUGAAGAGCUUUGUUUCCAUGGGCGUCGCCGGCAUGAUUUGGUUCUUCUUCGGCUUCUCCCUCUGCUUCGGCGACAGCCUCACCGUCAUCGGCAACCCCGGGACCUUCGCGGGGUUGCGGAACCUCAAUAUGCACGAGGCCCUGCCCGGGCAGACCAUUCCAGGCUUGCUCUUUGCAGGAUUUCAAGGCAUGUAUGCAGUGGUCACUCCGGCCCUGAUGACGGGUGCCUUUGCGGACCGCUUUCACUUCAAGCCCUACCUCAUCUUCAUCGCGCUUUGGCUUGUGGUGGUCUAUGCGCCUUGCUGCCACUGGGUCUGGGGCGGCGGAUGGUUGGCCCAGUGGGGCGUCUGGGACUUUGCAGGGGGCAUCGUGGUACAAAUCACUGCCGGCUUCUCGGCCCUCGCCUCCCUCAUCGUGGUGGGAAAGCGCCAAAUCGCUGAGGACGACAAGGACGGCAACAAGCCCCACAAGGUGCCCUUCCUCCCGCUGGGCACCGCCCUGCUGUGGCUCGCUUGGUUCGGCUUCACCGCGGGCUCGGCCCUCGCCGGCGCCGCCGGCGGCGCCGGCGGCGCCGCGGUGGCCGCCGUGAACACGGAGAUCGCCGCCGCCGUGGCGCUCUUCCUGUGGCUGAUUGUGGACUGGGUGCACCACGGGCGCCCGGGCCUGGGUUUGUGCAUUGGCUCCAUCGCCGGCCUGGCCGCAGUGACCCCCUGCGCCGGCUUCAUCCAGCCCUGGGGCGCUUUCGUCCUUGGCGUGGCAGCUCUGAUCUGCUACGCGUGCUGCGAGCUGAAGAAGAAGUUUGGCUUUGACAAUGCACUGGACGUGUGGGCUGCGCUCGGCAUGGGCGGCUUCAUUGGCUCGGUGCUGCUGGGUGUGCUGGCAGACCCCGAGGAGUGUGGGGACGCGCCAUCGGCCCCCAGCUCCUGUGUGAACCCAGGCACGGUUACGGCAUCCUGGGAGCAGCUGGGCAAGCAACUGGCUGCUGCGCUGCUGUGCGCCACCUACUCUUUUUUGACCACCCUGCUUCUGCUGAAGGCGCUCAAUCUGGUGAUGUUCCUGACGCCUGAUCACGACAACCUGGAUGUGGAGGAGCAUGGUGAGACUGCGUACGACACGCCCGCGAAGCAGCACAUCCAGUCUCAUUCCAGCGACCAUAUGAAGGUGUAG